GGGAAGAAAUGCAAGCCCCAGUGCAGCCGAGGAGCGGCCGCUUGGAUUUCCUCAACGCCAAGCCGCCGCCCAACUAUGUGGCCGGAUUGGGGCGCGGCGCCACCGGAUUCACCACUCGAUCCGACAUCGGCCCCGCCAGGGCAGCGCCGGAUCUCCCCGACAGGUCGGCCACCGCCAUUGGCGGCGCUCCAGGGCCGGGCGGCGGCGCCGGGCGCGGCAGAGGCAAGGCGCCACCUCUUGGCGGAGGAGCGGCGGCAGCGGCGGCGGAAGACGACGACGACGAUGCCGACGACAAGGGCUACGAUGAGAACCAGAAAUUCGAUGAAUUCGAGGGCAACGAUGUGGGGCUCUUCGCGACGGGUGAGUAUGACGAGGACGACAAGGAGGCCGACCAGAUAUGGGAGAGCGUGGACAAGAGGAUGGAUUCGCGGCGCAAGGACCGGCGGGAGGCGCGGCUCAAGCUGGUGAUCGAGCAGUACCGAGCUUCCAAUCCCAAGAUCACGGAGCAGUUCGCGGACGUGAAGAGGACGCUGCUGGAUCUUCCGGCGGAGGAGUGGGAAAACAUCCCCGAGGUUGGCGACUACUCUUCCAGGAACAAGAAGAGGCGGUUUGAGAGCUUUGUGCCCGCGCCGGACACGCUGCUGGAAAAGGCUCGGCAGGAGAAGGAGCACGUCACUGCGCUGGAUCCUCGCAGCCGCGCCGCCGCUGGAGUUGGCGGCGCUGCUACUGCCGGCGGCGCGGAGACACCGUGGUCGCAGACGCCGGUGACGGAUCUUACCGCGGUCGGGGAGGGGCGGGGGACUGUUCUGUCGCUCAAGCUGGAUCGGCUGUCCGACUCGGUGAGUGGGCUCACGGUGGUGGAUCCGAAAGGAUACCUCACCGAUCUCAAGAGUAUGAAGAUCACGAGCGACGCCGAGAUCUCCGAUAUCAAGAAGGCGAGGUUGCUGCUCAAGUCGGUGAUCCAGACCAAUCCAAAGCAUGCUCCCGGGUGGAUCGCGGCCGCGCGGCUGGAAGAGGUGGCGGGGAAGAUCGCUGCUGCGAGGAGUUUCAUCCAGAAGGGAUGCGAGGAGUGUCCCAAGAACGAGGACGUCUGGCUCGAGGCCUGCCGGCUGGCCAGCGGCGAUGCGGCCAAAAAAGUGAUCGCCAUGGCGGUGAAGUCCAUCCCGACGUCCGUGAAGCUGUGGAUGGCGGCUGCGCGGCUCGAGGUGGAAAACGCCGCCAAGAGCCGUGUUCUUCGCAAGGGACUCGAGUUUAUACCCGACUCGGUCCGGCUGUGGAAGGCGGUGGUGGAGCUGGCGAACGAGGACGAAGCGAGGAUCUUACUGGCUCGCGCUACCGAGUGCUGCCGUCUCCACGUCGAGCUCUGGCUAGCGCUUGCGCGGCUGGAAACUUACGACAAGGCGAGGGUGGUGCUCAACCGAGCUCGCGAGGCGCUGCCAACGGAGCCAACAAUCUGGAUCGCUGCGGCGAAGCUGGAGGAGGCACAGGGGAACGUUUCGCGCGUGGAAGGCAUCAUCGACCGCGCGAUACGAUCUCUCCAGCGGGUCGGGGUGGUGAUCGACCGCGAGUUUUGGAUGAAGGAGGCGGAGGCGGCGGAGAGGGCCGGGUCGGCGGCGACGUGCGUGGCGAUCGUGAGGAGCACCAUCGGGAUCGGUGUGGAGGAGGAGGACAAGAAGCGGACGUGGGUGGCGGACGCGGACGAGUGCCGGAAGCGGGGCUCGAUCGAGACGGCGAGAGCUAUCUACGCUCAUGCUCUGGCUGCGUUUCCCGGGAAGAAGAGCAUCUGGGUGAAGGCGGCGCAGCUUGAAAAGAGCCACGGAACGAGAGAAUCGCUCGACUCGCUGCUGAAGCGAGCGGUGGGGUACUGUCCACAAGCGGAGGUCCUGUGGCUCAUGGGAGCCAAGGAGAAGUGGCUAGCCGGGGACGUGGAGGGCGCUCGGGAGAUCCUCACUGCCGCCUACGUCGCGAUUCCAAACUCGGAGGAGAUAUGGCUGGCGGCGUUCAAGCUCGAGUUUGAGAACCGGGAGCCGGAGAGAGCCAAGAUCCUCCUGGCCAAGGCCAGGGACCGCGGAUGCUCGGAGAGGGUGUGGAUGAAGUCGGCGAUCGUGGAACGAGAGCUGGGAAAGGUGGCGGAGGAGAGGAAGCUGCUCGAGGACGGGCUCAAGCUCUACCCGAGCUUCCACAAGCUGUGGCUGAUGCUCGGCCAGCUCGAGGAGAGAGUUGGCAACUUUGAGGCGGCGAGGAGCGUGUACGAGAGAGCGCUGGAGAAAUGCCCGGCUAGUACUCCGCUGUGGCUCUCGGCUGCGCAGCUGGAAGAGAAAGUCGGGGGGAUCAGCAGGGCAAGAGCGAUGCUGACGACGGCGAGGCUCAAGAACAGGGAGAACCCGGAGCUGUGGCUGGCGGCGAUCCGGGCGGAGACGAGGGCCGGGAACUGGAAGGAGGCGGACGCGCUCAUGGCGAAGGCGCUCCAGGAGUGCCGGCAGAGCGGGCUGCUGUGGGCCGCGAAUGUGGAGAUGGUGCCGCGGGCGCAGAGGAAGACCAAGAGCUUCGACGCGAUCAAGAACAGCGAGCAGGAUCCAUACGUGAUCGCGGCGGUGGGGAAGUUUUUCUGGCAGGACAGGAAGGUGGAGAAGGCGAGGAACUGGAUGAACAGGGCGGUGACGUUUGCUCCGGACGUGGGGGAUUUCUGGGCGCUGCUGUACAAGUUUGAGCAGCAGCACGGGAGCGAGGCGCAGCUCCAGGAGGUGGUGGAGAGGUGCAAGGCGGCGGAGCCCAAGCACGGGGAGAGGUGGAUCCGGGUGUCCAAGGCGGUGGAGAAUGCGCACCAGACGACGGAGUUUAUAUUGAAGAAGGUGGUGGCGGGGUUUGGGAAGGACGAGGGGAUUGUCAUGACGGCUUGCAGGCCCUAGGAAUGGGAUUCGAACCCAUGCCCUUGCGGACUAGUACCUGAAACUAGCUCCUUAGACCAGCUCGGCCAUCCUGACUUAGUAGUCAUUGAUUAUUAAACAUAUUUUAGCAGUAAGAGAAAUGACCCCCAACCCAACACGUUAUGCAACUAGAUACUCAUAAAAACAUCUCAAAAGAAGAUAAAGCAUUCUGCAUAAUUUAUCCAGUGUAGGUUGGUUACAGGAGAUUUGUUAUUUCUGUUUCAAUACAUACAAUAUGUGAUA